AUGCGUUGCGUUGGGAGGCCCUCCCGCUGCGAUUACACAGUCCUUGAUUGGUCUGAGGUAUUUAGGGAAGCACCGGAAUCCUCUGUGUUUGCGGUGGAUUAUAGCCAUUCGACAACAGAGCCGCAGGUCUAUGGAAAUGAGCCUCGCAGAGCUGCUGCCGCAGCGGAGCCGAGCCGGGCUUGCUUGGUAGGCGGCGAGACCUUAGCUGGCUGCGGCGGAAGAGCAGGCAACGGCGGCGGCGGCGGCGACGGCGGACCUGCUCGGGCUCAUCGGGUGGACCGGGGAGGGGGGGGCCACCGGCCCGGACCUCCCGUUUGGCAUGAAGCGCAGUUGCUGAUCGCUGGACGGACAAAACGAAGACCGGGCUGCGGGCGGUGGGAGAUGGGCGGCGGCGGCGGCGGCGCCCCCGGCCGGGCUGUGCUGCUACUGCUGGCGCUAGGGAUCCCCCGCUCCCGCGCCGACGGCCCCGAACCGCCCCCUCUCUGCGCCCCCUUCAGGGACCCUCGGCUGCCUGAGCGGCCGCUGUCACCACCGAGCCGGCCGCCUGCUUGCGCCGAGCCGCCGCCGCUGUGGCUUUGCCGGGUUUCGCCUCCGGCCCGCGGCCUCUGGGCGCACCUGCUGGGGCCGCGGUGCGAUGGUGCUUCGGCGGCGGCGGCGGCCGAGGAUGGAGAGCUGUUGCUGUUAAGCCACCUUCUGUUGGCCCCGGUUCCGGGCGGCCGAUUCCGCAGAGGGCGAAGCCGGACUCUGUGCUUGAAAUCAGGCACCCACAUUCCUUUGCCGCCCGCUAGCUCGCGGGGCGGCUGCCAGCUAAGGUGCACGGUGCAAGGCGGCGGCGGCGGCGGCGGCGGCAACGCUAGAGACCAGCAUGGGCCGUUCCAUCCCCAGGGAGAACUGAUCCUGCCCCCACGAGCCCUGUGUCUCCGGCCGGGACGCCCAUUACGGUUGGGGCUCUCGUGCCAAGCCUGCGAUGAGAAGACCGAGAUCUUUGUCCACUGGCUCCUGGCUGUGGGCUCUUCGCAGCAGGAGGUGCAGAAGCUGUGGCCCUUGGAGGGGUGUGGCUGCCAGGGUGAGGGGGGCAGCAGAAGGAAGCGGGAUGUGAACACCAGCCCCCAGUUCCAGAUGCCCACCUACCAAGUAUCAGUGCCGGAGAACAGACCGGCAGGCACACCUGUGAUCUUGCUGAGGGCCAUGGACCCUGAUGAGGGGGAUGGGGGCCGCUUGGACUACUCCAUGGACGCGCUUUUUGACAGCCGCUCAAACAGCUUCUUUGCCAUUAAUCCCCAGACAGGCGCUGUCACCACAGCUGAAGAACUGGAUCGAGAAACCAAAAGCACCCAUGUGUUCCGGGUGACAGCGACAGACCAUGGCACACCGCGUCGCACGGCUCUGGCCACGCUCACAAUCACGGUCAGUGACACCAAUGAUCAUAAUCCUGUGUUUGAGCAGCAGGAGUAUAAGGAGAGCAUGCGGGAGAACCUUGAGGUUGGCUACGAAGUGUUGACGGUGAGAGCAACCGAUGGUGAUGCCAGCCCCAAUGCCAACAUCCUGUACCGCAUCUUGAAUGGUAAUGGGGCCAACAGGAUCUUUGAAAUUGACCCCAAGUCUGGAGUCAUCCGCACAAAUGGCCUUGUGGACAGAGAAGCUGUGGAAUCCUAUCAGCUGAUCGUGGAGGCCAAUGACCAGGGCCGAGACCCAGGACCGCGCAGCAGCACGGCUACAAUUCAUAUUACAGUGGAGGAUGACAAUGACAACUCACCGCAGUUCAGUGAGAAACGUUAUGUUGUACAGGUACCGGAGAAUGUGGCCUCAAACACCCACAUCUUGCAGGUAAAUGCCACAGACAGGGACAAAGGCAGUAAUGCUAUGGUGCAUUACAGCAUAAUGAGUGGCAACACUCGGGGACAAUUUUACAUAGAUGCCCAAAUAGGUAAUAUUGAUGUAGUCAGCCAGCUUGAUUAUGAGAUGAAUAAGGAAUACACUCUUCGUAUUAGGGCCCAAGAUGGAGGAAGGCCUCCUCUUUCCAACAUCAGUGGGCUGGUGACCAUCCAGGUACUGGAUGUGAAUGACAAUGCCCCUAUUUUUGUUAGCACCCCUUUCCAGUCCACGGUGUUGGAAAAUGUACCUGUGGGCUAUUCUGUUAUUCAUAUCCAAGCCAUUGAUGCAGAUUCUGGGGAGAAUGCCCGACUAGAAUAUGCUCUGGUUGACAUGAGUCCCAAUUUCCCUUUUACUAUCAAUAACAACACAGGCUGGAUUGUAGUGGCUUCUGGUUUGGAUCGUGAAGCUGUGGACUUCUAUAAAUUUGGGGUUGAGGCCAGAGAUCACGGUAACCCUCCAAUGACUUCUUCAGCAAGUGUUAGUAUUACCGUUCUGGAUGUCAAUGAUAACAAUCCUGAAUUCACGCAAAGGGAAUAUACCAUGCGUCUCAAUGAAGAUGCAGCUGUGGGCACCAGUGUUCUUAUUGUCUCGGCCAUUGAUCGGGAUGUCAACAGUGUCAUCACCUACCAGAUCACGAAUGGGAAUACUCGCAAUCGCUUCUCCAUCACCAGCCAGAGUGGUGGUGGUCUCAUCACUCUGGCCCUACCCUUGGAUUAUAAAUUAGAGCGGCAGUAUCUUCUUACAAUCACAGCUUCUGAUGGCACUCGGUUUGACACUGCUCAGGUCUUUGUUAAUGUAACUGAUGCCAACACACAUCGGCCAGUGUUCCAGAGCUCCCAUUACACUGUUAAUAUCAAUGAGGACAGUCCAGUGGGUACCACUGUAGUGAUUAUCAGUGCUACAGAUGAAGACACAGGGGAGAAUGCUCGUAUCACUUACUUCAUGGAAGACAGUAUUCCUCAGUUCAGAAUUGAUAUAGAUACUGGUGCUGUGACAACUCAGAUGGAAUUGGAUUAUGAAGACCAAGUAUCCUAUACUUUGGCAAUUACAGCUCGUGACAAUGGCAUCCCACAGAAAUCAGAUACCACCUAUCUAGAAAUACUAGUUAAUGAUGUAAAUGACAAUGCGCCUCAGUUUUUAAGGGAUAAUUACCAAGGAUCUGUCUAUGAGGAUGUACCUGGUUUCACAAGUGUCCUGCAGGUUUCUGCUACAGAUAGAGACUCUGGAAUGAAUGGGAGAGUGUUCUAUACCUUUCAGGGUGGAGAUGAUGGUGAUGGGGACUUCAUAAUUGAAACCACCUCUGGUAUUGUUAGGACGUUGCGUAGACUGGACAGGGAAAAUGUUCCACUCUAUGAGCUUAGAGCAUACGCAGUUGAUAAAGGAGUACCGGCCAUGAGGACGCCAAUUGAUGUCCAUGUCACUGUUCUUGAUGUCAAUGACAACCCCCCUGUCUUUGAGCAUGAUGAGUUUGACAUCUUUGUGGAAGAAAAUAGUCCAAUAGGCUUAGUGGUGUCCCGAAUCACUGCCAGUGAUCCAGAUGAGGGUACCAAUGCUCAAAUUAUGUACCAGAUAGUGGAAGGUAAUAUUCCGGAGGUGUUCCAACUUGAUAUUUUCUCAGGAGAGCUGACAGCACUGAUGGAUUUGGAUUAUGAGACCAAGUCUGAGUAUGUCAUGGUAGUCCAAGCUACUUCAGCUCCACUGGUAAGCCGGGCUGUUGUGCAUGUUCGUUUACUGGAUAAGAAUGACAACGUCCCAGUCUUGAAGAACUUUGAGAUCAUAUUCAAUAACUACAUUACCAACAAGUCCAGCAGUUUCCCCACUGGAGUGAUUGGCAGGAUCCCAGCCUAUGAUCCUGAUGUUUCUGAUAGUCUUACGUACAGUUUUGAGCAAGGCAAUGAAUUGAAACUUGUUCUCUUGAACCACAGUACUGGAGAACUACGUCUGAGCAGGGCCCUGGAUAACAAUAGACCUUUGGAGGCAACCAUGAGAAUUUCUGUAUCAGAUGGGAUCCACAGUGUUGCUGCCCAAUGCAUGCUGCAGGUGACCAUUAUCACAGAUGAGAUGCUGACCAACAGUAUCACUUUGCGGCUGGAGAACAUGUCCCAAGAACGCUUCCUUUCACCACUGCUGGCUCUCUUUCUUGAAGGAGUAGCNGGUGGCAUUUGCUUAUUAAAAGGCAGUCACCUAAUCAAGAAACACGAAGAGUGUUGCUAUCACAUUGCACAUCAUGCCCAUGUCUUGUCCGUACACAAGCAGAAGAAUGAGGUGAUAAUUGAAUUGGAAAUAAUUGAAUUACAGUCCUUGAAAGGGCUAUAUCCUUUCAGCUUUGAUAGCUGA